GAUAGUUUGAAUAGGCACAUUGGUAGUUUGGUAUACGCACGCACACAUAUAUAUAUACCUGCGCUUCAGUUGGUAACCUGGCACACCACCGAUCUUAACUACAUCACACUUCCAAACUAGUGGUUGUUACUUGUAUCAACAUAGUAAGUAUUUAGACACGUACCAACAGAGUACAUAUAGAAAUAGCUAACGCGAUGCAAUCGGCAAAGUCUGCUCUGCGUACCCUUGCGGGCGUCGGCGCCCGGGUGUUAAACUCUUCGUCUCGCACACAGGUGCGUGGCUACAGAGCCCCAUUGCGCGACAUGAAGUUUGUGACCAAUGAGGUGUACAACAUACAAGACCACUACUCGAAGUUAAAACACGUUGAUGGCAGUGCUGCAUCCCCGGAUAUGAUUGAUGCUGUUCUAGACGGAUUCGCGAAGUUUGCUGAGAACGAUCUGGCACCGAUGAAUCAGACCGCGGACUCUGAGGGAUGCACGUGGGUAUCUGGUACUGAAACAAAGACGCCCACGGGGUUCAAGGCGGCAUACGACAGCUAUGUCGAGGGUGGUUGGCAGGGUCUUACCUACCCUGAGGAGUAUGGUGGCCAAGGUCUACCCCCAUCUCUGGCUAUUAUCAGUAGUGAACUUGUGGCAACAGCCAAUUGGACGUGGUCGAUGUACCCCGGUCUAUCCAAGGGUGCUAUCAACACCAUCCUGGCACACGGAUCACCCGAGCUCAAAGAGAAGUACCUGCACAAGCUUGUAUCGUCGGAGUGGACUGGGACUAUGUGUCUGACCGAGCCCCACUGUGGGUCAGAUUUGGCACAGGUCAAGACUAAAGCCGUUCCGCAAGGCGAUGGUACCUACAAGAUCACCGGCACUAAAAUCUUUAUUUCAUGCGGGGAUCACGAUCUGACUGAUAACAUUGUGCACUGUGUGCUUGCACGUCUACCUGACGCCCCUGAAGGCACGCGUGGUAUCUCCCUGUUCGCAGUACCCAAGAAGCAUGUCGCAGACGAUGGAACCGUAGGUGACUACAACAACGUCAAGGUGGGUCGUAUUGAGGACAAGAUGGGUUGCCACGGCUCGUCUACCUGCGAGAUCAACUUUGAAGAAGCGGAGGGUGUGCUAAUCGGUACAGAGAACAAAGGUUUGAACCACAUGUUCACCUUCAUCAACACAUCACGUCUAGGAACGGCCCUUCAGGGUGGGUGUGCGGCCGAGCUCUCCUACCAGCUAGCGCUUGACUACGCCAAGGAGCGUCUAGCCAUGCGAUCGCUUUCCGGUAUCAAGAAUCCCGAUGGCCCGGCCGACCCCAUCAUUGUGCAUCCUGAUGUAAGAAAGAACCUGCUGUUUCAGAAGGCUAUCUCUGAGGGAGCGAGGUCUAUGAUCACCGAGUGUUGCUUGCUUUGGGACAAUAUGGCCGACGCCGAGGCUGCCGGUGACACCAAGGCAGCGCGCAAAAUAGACGAUCGCAUGGGUUUCUUGACGCCCAUUCUCAAGGGAUUCCUAACUGAGGUUGGCUGCGAGGCCGCGAACAAGGGUAUUCAAAUCUGGGGUGGUCACGGUUACAUCAAGCAGAACCACAUGGAGCAAGUAUUCCGGGAUGUGCGUAUCUCGGCCGUGUGGGAAGGUACCACGGGUAUCCAGGCUCUCGAUCUUCUAGGCCGAAAGGUGCUACUACAGAAACUCAAGCCCAUUGCCUCGCAUGUAUCCGAGUCACUGAGCUAUCUACGCGGUGCUAUGUUCAGCGCCCAGAGCUCGGAGAUGCGGUCGCACGCAUACACUCUCAUCAAGGCACACGUACGCUGGCAGUACUUGACGACUAGAAUCGCCAUAAAGGCUUCGUCUGACAAGGACUUUGUGGGAGCCGCAAGUGUGGACUAUCUAAUGUACUCGGGGUAUGUGUCUAUGGGACAGCACUGGCUGAAGAUGGAGGAGGCGGCGCUCAAGGCUCUGAAGCGAACGGACCUGACUCAGGCCGAUAAAGACUUUUACAGUUCUAAGGUGGAUACGGCUAGGUACUACUUUGACUAUGUACUGCCCCGUAGUGACUCGUUGGCUACGACGAUGAUGACGCCUACCGAGACGUUCACUAAGAUUACCAAUGACGAGUUCGAUGCUGCAUACAAUUAAAUCUAGUACAUAUAACUAUAUUAAUACUUAAGUUAAAAAAACUCGGGCACGUUUGGCGGAGCAAUGAUGGGACAUCGUCAUGUACAGUUGGUAUACGAACGUACACGAAUGGCUAUAGGCGCCACGUACGUGAAAAGAACUAUAGAACUAAGUAUACUCGCAACAUAUGAACACAUCACCAAUCACAACUAUUGAACUAAAUAUACUCGCAACAGAUGAACACAUCACCAUAUAUAUAUGUAUAUCCAUAUCUGGAAAGACCAUUUGAGAUGAGAAUAGGAGCACAUUUUAUCAUCGUAAGGGAAGGCCGAUCAACAGAACGCUGGAAGUACAAAUACUUUUUAUCUACGUGUAUGGUCUAGAAAAGGAUAUAAAUGGUAUACUCAUAGCACUGUAUGCAUUUAAAGACUGGGG